AUGAAAGCAACUUUUGUUAUUGUCGGGGGAGGAAUAGCCGGUGUGACUUGCGCCGAGAGUAUUUCUUUCCUCGCACCGGAAGAGACGGUAAUUCUCAUUACCGCCAGUUCCUUAAUCAAAGCAAUCACCAAUAUUGUACCAUUGGGCAAAACUCUAUUUCAAUUUGACGUUGAGGAACGUGAAUCGUCACAAUUGUCACAGCAACACUCUUCCAUAACAAUUCUUCAAGAUAUUGUCUGCGAAGUGAAUUCAAGAGAGAAAUUUCUAAAGACCGAAUCUGGGAAAAUAGUUAAUUAUCAAAAACUUUGUCUCUGCACGGGAGCGAGUCCGAGAAUAAUUGCUGAAAAUAAUCCCUAUGUACUUGGUAUUCGUGACACUGAGUCGGUGACGAAUUUUUUGGAGAAAAUAAAAAAUGCCCGACGAAUUGUCAUUGUGGGAAAUGGUGGAAUUGCAACUGAACUUGUGUAUAAAAUUCGUGGUAUCGAAGUUAUUUGGGUGAUAAAGGAUAAACAUAUUUCGGCAACAUUCGUCGAUCCUGGAGCUGCACAAUUUUUUCAAGAUCGUUUACAAAAUAAAGUUGAUAAUUUACCAACGCAAAGUGAUGAAGUUAAGAAUUUUUGCUUCAAGAGGGCAAGGUACACGACAAGUGAGGAGAAAACAAAAAAAGUUGGUGCCGCACUCGGUCCUGAUUGGCAUAAUUUCAAAUUAACACAAUUCCCACCAUUGCCAAUUGAAAUUCAAGUGAAAUACGAAUGCGAAGUUUUGAGAAUUACAAAUCGUGUGAAUGAAGAAUGGCCCGUAGUUGUUGAAUUAACGAAUGGAGAGACGGUGAAUUGUGAUCUUGUCAUUUCGGCGACGGGCGUGAUACCAAAUGCAAAUCUUCCUGGUCUGGAGGAUUUAAAGAGAGGACAGGACGGUGGUUAUUUAGUCGAUUGGAAAUUAACAACUUCGCAGGAUGAUAUUUUUGCCGCUGGCGAUGUUUGUUCGGCUAAUUGGGAUAUAGCGAGACAUUGGUUUCAAAUGCGACUCUGGACACAGGCUCAUCAAAUGGGACAAUACGCGGCUAAGGCAAUGGUUUCAAUUACACGUGAUGAGGAAUUUUAUCAGGAUUUUUGCUUUGAAAUCUUUACACACGUCACAAAAUUCUUCGACUAUAAAGUCGUUCUUCUUGGACUUUAUAAUGGGCAAACAUUGAAUCAGGAUUAUGAAAUAUUAUUGCGAAUGACAAAGAAUCAAGAGUACGUGAAAUUAAUUUUAAAAGAUGGUAAAAUGCAAGGAGCUGUUCUUAUUGGCGAAACUGAUUUAGAAGAAAUGUGCGAAAAUCUCAUUCUCAAUCAAUUAGAUCUUAGUGUUUAUGGUGAAGAUCUACUCAAUCCGGAUAUCGACAUUGAAGAUUAUUUCGAUUAAAUAUUUUUGUUAAUUAAUUAAUUAAUUAACUUGAUUAAAUUAAUUAAUUAAAUUAAUUUAAUUAUCUCGCAAAUAAUUCGUUACUAUUUAUCUAUUUACAGUUGAAAUACUUUGGAAUACAUUUUGAAGAAGAGUAAAUAAAAGAAAAAUAUUUAUAACA